UUAGAGUUGAGCUUUGCCCCCCAGGGAAGCGGGCAGCGGGUCGCCAUGGCCUCGCCAGCGGCUCAGCAGCUGGAGGAGGACGACGGCCUGAGGGGCUGCGAGCUCUAUGUGCAGAAGCACGGCGCCCAGCAGGUGCUCAAGGACUGCAUCGUGCAGCUCUGCAUCUCCAAGCCCGAGCGCCCCAUGAGGUUCCUCCGGGAGCACUUCGAGAAGCUGGAGAAGGAAGAAAACCGACAGAUCCUGGCGCAGCAGAAGUCAGCCUCCCAGUCGGACUCGCACGAUGAGGAAGUGUCCCCGUCGCCGCCCAACCCGGUGGUGCAAGCCCGGCACCGGCGUGGGGGAGUGAGCGCCGAGGUGUACACAGAGGAGGAUGCCGUGUCCUACGUGCGGAAGGUCAUCCCCAAGGACUACAAGACCAUGACGGCACUGGCCAAAGCCAUCUCCAAGAACGUGCUCUUUGCUCACCUGGACGACAACGAGAGAAGCGACAUAUUCGAUGCCAUGUUCCCCGUCAUGCACAUCGCUGGGGAGACCGUCAUACAGCAAGGGGACGAAGGGGAUAACUUCUACGUAAUCGACCAAGGGGAAGUGGACGUGUAUGUGAGCGGAGAGUGGGUGACCAGCAUCAGUGAAGGCGGCAGCUUCGGGGAGCUGGCCCUCAUCUACGGCACCCCCAGGGCGGCGACUGUGAAGGCCAAGACGGACCUCAAGCUCUGGGGCAUCGACCGGGACAGCUACCGGCGCAUCCUCAUGGGCAGCACGCUGAGGAAGCGCAGGAUGUACGAGGAGUUUCUCAGCAAGGUCUCCAUCCUGGAGUCCCUGGAGAAGUGGGAGCGUCUGACUGUGGCUGACGCACUGGAGCCCGUCCAGUUUGAGGACGGAGAGAAGAUCGUGGUCCAGGGGGAGCCUGGGGACGACUUCUUCAUCAUCACAGAGUUUUGCCUUUUCCGGAAUGCCAUGUCGUUGGAAGCACACAGCCCGAAGCCUUUCCUCACUGGCGCCUGUCACUCGGUGGCGCGCAUCCGUUCCCAGCUCUGGUUUCCCUGGUAUCCGCACACAGCAUGAGGCGUUCCCAGACAGACAGAUGUGGAACUCAUUUGCUGGAUUCCGAGGUCCUGCUUUACCCCGGACGGGAUUCCUGGCACCAGGGGAGGAGAGAUAAGUAGCGUGCAAAGACCGUUGCCAUAAACACGCCUGAUUUGUCCGUGGAAAGUCCAACAGAUGCGCUGUCCUGGACGAAUCCCCAUGCGGGGGUGUCGACUCCCUCACCCACCGCUGCCCACUGGCCGGGAGCUGGGUGGCCCGAGGGCGGCUUCUGGCCCCACCACGGCCGUGCUGCUGCAGGCCUGCGCGCGCUGGUUCCCUGAGUCUGCGGUGGCCGGCGUCGUAUCUCUUCUGCAGAUGAGGAAACCGAGGCUCGGGCUGUGCCUUGCCUUCCCCUGACCGCGGCCAGCACGUCGUGGAGCCAGGCUUGGACUGCGGGGAGCCGCCCAGGGCACGGGGCUCAGGCCGCGUCGAGGGUGCCUUCCCAUACCUGCCUCCUGUGUUCUUCUUUCAGUUGUCCUUUAGCUUACGGGAGGUGAUGCUGGUGCCUGCUUAUGGCUGUGAUACUGUUUCUUUUAAGAUAGAUAUUUAUUCAAAUAAAAUAGUGUUUGCUCUCCCUGAACUUGGUGUCAGUGGGAUCUGAGAGUGACUGCUCACUGCACGGCUGGCCUCCGCACUGACACGCUCGUGUGUCCCCUCCCCUGCUGGGCCGGAUACGCACGAGCUCCAGUCUCUGCCCGGCGCGGCUGCAGGUCCCUGGUGGGGGCUCCUCUCUCACCAGGUGCCGUCCCUACUGAGCCGCUGACCCUGACGUCCCCCAGCCCCACCCCGGGCCGCACCGUGGCACGGGGCCAGCGGCCUACAGCCCUGACCUGUCUGCUCUGACCCCACCAGGGUGUGGGUCCUGGGGCGCCCGUGCCUGCCGUUCUCCACUGCGUAGGCUUCCCCGCCCUCGAGCGGAGUCCGGCUCACAAGCUGGAGGAGUGGGUGACGGCCCGAAGGCUGGAGGAGACGGAGGUGGGCCAUGUCCCUGGGGAGGGCGAGGCCCGCGCGGGCGGGACCGCGGCUCCCGGCUGUGCCAGCGCUGGACCCGGUCGGUGGGCUCUAUGCCGGGCUGGAGGGGCUGCUUCAGGGAGCGGGAAGCCCGAGGCCCUGCUUCAGCGAGUGCGUUCUCCUCGACCUUGGCUGCUUUCUGUCUCAUAAAGGUCACGCGUGCCCGUUGUCGAAACCAAAGAGUUGAUGUGGGUUUCGACUUUGUAGAAAAAUUUAAAAACUGAAAAGCGUUGAAAGGCAAACGGGCCUUUCGUAACCCCUUCUCCUCCAGACUCCAGCAGUGACGUUUUCCUUGUGCUCCUCCCUGGCUGAUUCCUAUGUGACCUGAUUUAUUUUUAGAGUUGGGUUAGAAUCAAUGAGAAAUUUGGGGAAUAUGAUCUAGAGUUCUGGCAAGUGUGUUUCUCCAGCCCCCAGAAUUCCGGCUCUCAACUCCCUGAGGAUGUCUAUGCUGCCUUCACGCCCGUCUGGGAAACGAGCUCGGACAGGACGGCUGUUCCAGGGCUGCGGUGAUUUCGCUGGGAUGGGAAGGCCCGGGCGUGUGCUGGUCACGCCUGUGGCCAGUGUCGUGGGAACGCCGGGCCCUGCUGGUUGGAGGUCCCACCCCAUCGAGUCCGUCCGCCCGUUUCCCUCGCUCCCCGCCCUUGGGCUUGGCGGCUCUGCCUUCCCAGGACAGGAACGUCCUGCCGUUGCGUCAGGGCUCGGGGGUGGCGGCCUGUCAGCCUCAGCUGCUGCAGCAAAGAGCCCCCGAACCACUGCGGUGAAGAAUGAGGAAGUGUCUGUCUUGUGAAGUGGUGACCCCACGGUCGUCACAGGCACCCCUGGGGGGCGUGGCUCUGUCCCUCGUGGCCCUUCCUCUCGUGGCCCCACUGCCCCUUGCCAGACCUCCCCCCGUGGAGACUGGGCUGUCAGCAGCGGGAAGAGAGUGUGGUGCAGUGCACACCCUGUUGGGGACAACAUGGUCCCGUGGCCAUGUGCUCCUGCAGCCCUGGGACGUGUGAGGACCGAGCGGAGCGGCCGCCUGUUCCCUGUUGGUCCUGCUUAUUCAGGGCUCCCCCUGAGGACCUUUCAUCUUCAUGCCGUCCAGCCUGGAGGGUCUGUUAUUACAUCAGUCUUAACGGGUGCGCGUACAUCCUCUGUGUCAAGGUCCCGAGUGGGAAAGCUCCGUGCGUCCCAGUGGAAACAGAUUUCAUCUCGUCAACCUGCCGUCGAUCGUAAGAUGGGCCGGUCCACAUGUGACCAGGAGAGAAAUGCUUCCAGUGACCAUGGGGGAUGCGGUUGGUUCCAGAGGAGGCAGAGGGCAGGGAGGUGUCUGCAUGGGGCGGGGGACAAGUGAGAAACAGAACAGUGGCCCACCCGAGCCCAUCCCUGCUCUCCUGUGCCCACUGAGCCCUAAUCCUCACCGCUGUCCCAAGCGGGCAGGGCAGAGCCUGAGGAGUGGCAGCCAGUCGCAUCGCUUGCACGUGACCUGCUCUGGCCAGUGAGCUGUGAGGGGAGGUUGCCGGGAGCUUCCAGAAGGUUUCCCUGCUGAUGGCAUGGGGGAGGCGUUGGGUGACCCCUGGAACUGUGGCAGCCACGGUGCCAGCACAGGGACUCGACUGAGGCCACCAGAGCAGGAGGCACGGACAAGCCUGGGUCCAGACACGUCUGUGGGCCGCUGAACUAGCCAGCCCUGAAAGCCCUGUCUCAGUCUUCUGGUUCUGCGGGAGAGCAGUUACCCUUAGUAGCCUUUAGACAUCUUGAGUUGGGUUUUCUGUUGUUUGGAGCUUGAAGCAUCUCAUCAGAUGCUUUAAGCCUGGAGUUUCACUGAGUAAUUCUAUCAGCUGGAACUUCAGCUCCGUCCCUGGGGUCCUGAAGAGGAAAAUGAUCCAGUUGUAAAAUGGAAAAUUGUCUAAAAUGGGAAUGAAAGGCAUGUAAGUUAUAUAAGUGAAAAGGCUGCAUGUAAACGAUAGUUAGCUUAAUGCAACGUUGUCUCAAGAAAAGCGCCGCGGUGCCGUCAUCCCUGGACCUGACUGCCCUGCACUCCAGGGGCAGUUGGGAGCAGGACCCCACUCCUCUCUGUGGAGGCAGCACGGGACCACGUGUCCCGCAGGCCCUGUCCCUCGGCCGGGGCCUGUGGGCACACGGCCCAGGGAGCACUCCUGGAGUGCCCGGGCCGGGUGGAGAUGGCCUGCUGCUCCCAGGUCCGGCUCCCUCUGUCAGCCAGCUUCGUAAGCACCCCAGACGCCUGCGAGCCGAGCGGCCCUGUGGCUGGAGUGGGGCCGGCGUGGGUCCGCCCAGGGCGUCUGGAGGUCCCAGUCACGGCAGGCACUGGUGGGGUCUUUUGACCGAGUCUCUUGCGGCCCGGGCGGAGGGGGUACCAGUUAACCCGGGCGCAGCCAGGCUAGCGCUGCGAGGCCGGGUCUGGGUGAGCCAGGGUGAGCCGAGCCCACCGCGAGACAGCCCAGGCUCCUCUGUGCGUCCAGGGCAUCGGCAGCGGCCGGUGAGGCCAGUGGGGCUGGCGGGGUGAUUCAUAAGGCCUUGCUGCUACUCCUCGGGUGUGUGGGGAAGAUGCCGGGUUCCGACGAGGCUCCGGCCCCAGGGUGCCCCCAGACGGCAGGCCAGGGGGCUCUGUGCGCGGAAGCCACCGGUGCCGGCUCGUUGCUGCCGGGCUGCGGCCCCCGAAGGCCGAGUCUCUGGUGUGGAACGCGGCCUCGCCAAGCUGCCUAGGCUGGCGUUAAUCAUUGAGCCCCAGUGUCGCGGACACCCCGCCUGGAGGCCAGGGGGCCGCAUCGCUUAGCGGGGCGGCGUGACCACGAGGCCACGCGCCUCCCGUCCUUGAAACUUAAGCCAAGGUCAGCUCGGAGCAGCGCUGCCCUCGGAGGCACCUCCAGAUUCUGCCCGUGCCCCGCCCGCGGGCAGACAGCUUGGGGCAGGAGCCAGGCCGGCGAGGAUGGUGGUGCCCGGGAGGUGCCCUGGGCCAGAGCACGGCCGCAGCUCCCAGACCCCACGCCUCACUUUUAGGUGGGGGGCGUGGAGCCAGUGGGAGGGGGAUGCGGGCGGUGCCCCUCGGGGGUGGCCUUGGGCACCCCCGCCUUUGCCCACCCGACCCCAGCCGGCCGACCC